AUGCUGCUGGCUGUGGGACUGUCAGGCUUCCUUUUGUUUUCCAAAGCAUGAUUCUGCUUAACAGUUAACUCUGCGAUUGUGCUUCAUUUGCAGCAUUUGGCGAGGCCCCAAUGUGAACUGCACAGACAGUUCGGGUUACACUGCUUUACACCACGCAGCCUUAAAUGGACAUAAGGACAUAGUUCUCAAACUACUUCAGUAUGAGGCAUCAACAAAUGUAGCAGAUAACAAAGGUUAUUUUCCUAUUCAUCUGGCUGCCUGGAAAGGAGAUGUGGAAAUUGUGAAGAUUCUUAUUCAUCAGGGACCAUCACAUUCCAGAGUCAAUGAACAGAACAAUGAAAAUGAAACUGCCCUACACUGUGCAGCUCAGUAUGGACACUCAGAAGUAGUUGCUGUUCUCCUAGAAGAGCUCACUGACCCCACAAUUAGGAACAGCAAGCUCGAAACACCUCUGGACCUGGCAGCACUCUACGGACGGCUUAGAGUAGUCAAAAUGAUCAUCAGUGCACACCCUAACUUGAUGAGCUGCAACACUCGCAAACACACUCCGCUUCACCUUGCUGCCCGCAAUGGUCACAAAGCAGUUGUACAGGUGCUGUUGGAAGCAGGAAUGGAUGUGAGCUGUCAAACAGAAAAGGGGAGUGCCCUUCAUGAAGCAGCUUUGUUUGGAAAGGUGGAUGUCGUUCGAGUUCUGUUAGAAACAGGAAUUGAUGCCAACAUAAAGGAUAGCUUAGGUCGAACUGUCUUAGACAUUUUGAAAGAACAUCCGUCUCAGAAAUCUCUCCAGAUUGCAACACUCUUACAAGAAUAUUUAGAUGGUGUGGGAAGACCAACCGUCCUUGAAGAGCAUGUACAGGAAGAUACAACAGAAGAAACACACAUUUCAUCUCCUGUUGAGUCUCCUCACAAGACCAAAAGUGAAGCUGUGACUGGAGAACUAUCAAAACUCCUGGAUGAAAUAAAACUCUGUCAAGAAAAGGAUUAUUCUUUUGAAGAUUUGUGCCACACAAUAUCAGACCACUACUUAGAUAAUUUGAGCAAGAUUUCAGAGGAAGAACUUGGGAAAAAUGGAAGCCAGAGUGUAAGAACUUCCUCUACAAUAAAUUUGUCACCAGGAGAAGUGGAAGAAGAAGAUGAUGAUGAAAACACUUGUGGGCCCUCAGGACUUUGGGAAGCAUUCACUCCUUGUAAUGGAUGUAGGAACCUUGGCUUCCCCAUGCUUGCACAGGAGUCUUAUCCAAAGAAGAGGAACUACGUUAUGGAAAUUGUACCAUCUGCUUCUCUGGACACAUUUCCUUCAGAAAACGAGAACUUUUUAUGUGAUCUUAUGGAUACAGCUGUGACAAAGAAACCUUGUUCUUUAGAAAUUGCAAGGGCACCUUCCCCAAGAGCUGAUAAUGCCUCUGAGGUAGCAACUACGGCUCCAGGAACUAGUAACCAUAGAAACAGCUCCACAGGCCCAACACCUGACUGCUCACCUCCAUCCCCUGACACUGCCCUAAAGAAUAUUGUAAAAGUUAUUCGACCCCAGCCUAAACAACGAACAUCCAUUGUGUCUUCUCUGGAUUUUCAUCGAAUGAACCACAACCAAGAAUAUUUCGAAAUCAGCACGUCUGCAGUGUGUGCAAGCUCUACUUCCAGCCCUGCUGUUAGUCCACCUACCUCUUCCAUGGGAGCCAUGGAAGUCAAGAACAAAGGAACUGAACAUGCAGAUGACGUCUCUCAACAGGAAGACAAUGAUUCUCCCAAAGAAUAUGAUCCUGGGCAAUUUGCAGGCCUUCUGCAUGGAUCCUCUCCAGCCUGUGAGUUCCCUGACAAUCCAUUCCAUCUCUAUGGAAAAAGAGAUCAAUGUGAAGAAGGACAAGAAGUCAGUCUGGCAAACAGUCCUCUGCCUUUCAAGCAGACUCCAAUAGAAAAUAACUCUGAACCUUUGGUAAAGAAAAUUAAACCCAAAGUGGUCAGUAGAACAAUUUUUCACAAAAAAAGUAACCAGUUGGAGAACCAUACCAUUGUUGGCAUGAAAACCACCAGGAGCGGAUCCCGCAGUCGGGACCAGUGGCUGUUAAACACAGGGGUAUUUGUGGAGAGAGCAUGUACCCUGGGGAGAAUAAGGUCAUUACCUAAAGCCCUGAUUGACAUGCAUUUGUCCAAAAAUGUCUCUAAAUCUGAUUCUGAUCUCAUUGCCUGCCCUUCGAAAGAGAAAGCAUCAAGAAUUAACUGGAGUGAAUCUUCAACUGCUGAACAGAGUUCUAAAGGGAAUUCUGAAAGAACACCAUCUUUCACAUCUGAGUGGGAAGAAAUCGACAAAAUAAUGAGCUCCAUAGAUGUUGGAAUCAACAGUGAACUUGAAGAGAUAAAUGGUGACACCACAACUUCUAGAGCCUUUUCCACAUUCUUUGAUCUGUGGCUUCAUUCCUCCAUCUUCAAAGCCAACAAUGGACCCAGGUGCCCUGUCCAAACAGUGGGACAAUGGUUGGAAAGCUUCGGGCUACCUCAGUACGAGAACCACCUGAUGGCUAAUGGAUUUGACAAUGUGCAGUUUAUGGGAAGCAAUGUUAUGGAAGAUCAGGAUCUGUUGGAAAUCGGAAUCCUCAAUUCUGGGCACAGACAGAGAAUUCUGCAGGCAAUCCAGCUACUUCCAAAGAUGAGACCCAUUGGGCAUGAUGGCUACCAUCCCACCUCAGUAGCUGAGUGGCUGGAUUCUAUUGAACUGGGUGAUUACACCAAAGCCUUUCUAAUUAAUGGCUACACGUCGAUGGACCUGUUGAAAAAAAUCUGGGAGGUUGAACUUAUCAAUGUUUUAAAAAUCAGUUUGAUUGGCCACAGGAAACGCAUUUUGGCAUCUCUGGGAGACAGGCUGCACGACGACCCACCCCAGAAGCCCCCUCGCUCCAUCACCCUCAGGGAACCCAGUGGUAAUCACACUCCUCCUCAGUUGUCUCCAUCACUUAGUCAAAGCACUUACACCACUGGUGGCUCCCUAGACGUUCCUCACAUUAUCAUGCAGGGCGAUGCAAGGAGGAGAAGAAAUGAAAACUACUUUGAUGAUAUUCCCCGAUCAAAACUGGAGAGGCAGAUGGCCCAGCAGUCGUCUGUCUGUGAGAUAUGGACGAAUCAGAACGCUGGAUUUCCUUUCUCAGCAAUCCAUCAGGUUCAUAAUACAGGAGACUGGGGAGAGCCUUCUAUCACCUUGCGACCUCCAAAUGAAGCCACAGCCUCGACUCCAGUACAGUACUGGCAGCAUCACCCAGAAAAGCUCAUCUUCCAGUCGUGUGACUACAAGGCUUUUUAUUUAGGUUCUAUGCUGAUAAAAGAGCUCAGGGGUACAGAAUCAACUCAAGAUGCUUGUGCAAAAAUGCGGGCUAACUGUCAGAAGUCUACAGAGCAAAUGAAGAAGGUCCCUACUAUUAUUCUUUCCGUCUCAUAUAAAGGAGUCAAAUUUAUUGAUGCAACAAAUAAGAACAUAAUUGCUGAGCACGAAAUUCGCAACAUCUCCUGUGCUGCCCAGGACCCAGAAGACCUCUCCACAUUUGCUUAUAUCACAAAGGAUUUGAAGUCCAAUCACCACUACUGUCAUGUGUUUACUGCCUUCGAUGUGAAUUUAGCCUACGAAAUCAUCUUAACCCUGGGACAGGCAUUUGAAGUCGCUUACCAGCUUGCACUACAAGCAAGAAAGGGGGGGCAUUCCUCCACACUUCCGGAAAGCUUUGAAAACAAGCCCUCCAAACCCAUCCCCAAGCCCCGAGUCAGCAUCCGAAAGUCCGUGCCUUUCUGUUUUAAAGCAGAUCGACCCGUCUGAGCAAAAGACUCUGGCCAACCUGCCGUGGAUUGUGGAGCCGGGGCAGGAAGCCAAGAGGGGCAUUAAUACCAAGUAUGAGACCACGAUUUUCUGACCGCCGCCGUGCCGUCCCGCGGCGUCCCCCGGUGCCUUGCUCGCCAGGCAGCCCGGGGCAGGCUUUCCUUCGCGCCUGUCGCGUCGCCGCCCGCCGGGAGGAAGGCCGCUCCGCGCUCCCCUUCGGGUGGCCUGACCCGGCCCAAGGCCGCCGGCCGCUCCUGUGAGGCUCCUGGCGCCCGGCGACGGAAUCGCGACCAAGACUUUGCAGCCGCGGCCUGAGGCGCAGGGCAGGGGUCCCCGAGUCCCCGCGUCCCGCCUCCCCGGAGUCUCUCCAGGGACUCGGGCCUGCUGGCCUUGCUUUAGUCCGGGGUGACGACCUUUUUGUACAAACAAAAAAGAAAAGUCAAGGGGAUCUCUAAUACUGCCUAAAAGUAUCAAAAUCUUGGGUUUCUUUUCACUGUUGGCAGCGUUAAAGGUACAAUCAGAACAGAACCAACUCCCACCCCCAGAAAGCAGCUGUAAAAUCAUUGUGUCACUAGGUAUCCUAACGCAGAGGGACAACCGCCACCCCAUGAUUGCCAGGAAAUUGUUUCCAAUUUCUAUAUUUGUGGAUUUUAUAUAUAAUCAACUAUGUCAGAUGAAGAAAAAAGUCUUUAAAUCUAACGAUGGAUUCAAAAUUUUAAGUGAUUUAAAACAAGAAUUUAUUAUGCACAGAGAAAAAUUGUGUCUUGUAUUAAAUAUUUUUUAUUAAAAGAAUGUUUCGUUAAUGCAUUGAUAAGAAAACUAGGCUAGUUGUGCGGGAUGUUUCUGGUCUAAUUUCAAAAUAACUAAAUUUCUACUGCAACUACCAGGAGGACUGGUCAAAGUUGUGGCAAGAUCCUGAGUUUGUCCACCGGCAGGAGAUCCGUGGGUUCACACCUGCAGAGAUUCUGUGGAGUAUUUUUUUUAAUCUUCAGUGUUUUAAAGAACACAUCAGAAAAAAUAAUCUAGGGCUCCUGCUGUCAAGAUUUCUAUCAUGGAAACCUUGCUUGAGAAAGGUGUUAAUAAAACUCUAUUGCAAAAAUUUUUUUCUAGAAAAAAUAAAUACAAAAAAAAGAAAUUCCAAAGUAAUAAAACUUUUCUUUGAACAGAUAAAAAAGUUUGCUUACUAUUUGAUUAAAUAAAAUUUAAUUACAUUUCUUUAAGGUAUUUUAAUUUUUUUAACGUCUCUGUGGAGUAUUUGUAUGAUACCAUAAUGUAUAUUUAUGUAGAAUCAAAUUAUAUAAAUAGUACUAAUACCAUUAUAGAAAAAAUAACAUUUUAAUGUAUAUUGUUCUAACCAAUCAUAUUGUGAAUCAUUUUGAAGUUCAUUAUAGCGCUAUUGAUAAAUUGUGGAACUGUCUUAAUGUUUUUUUAUUAACCAAUAUUAUUUUAAACCUAACUUGAGGUUAUCAGUUACAUUCAUCAGUUGGUGAGUUUUAAAGAAUAACUACAUUUUAUUUCAAACUGACAUGUGUAUAUGGUUUUAGUUCAGUGUUGAAGAAUUUUAAUACAAUAUUAAAUUACUUGAACUGAACAGUUCUCUGUAUAUAUGUUCCCUAUUCCCUGUUGAUAUGUAUGUAGUAAACUGAGAGUAAAAUAACACUAAAAUAUGGUACCAAAAGGAAAUUGUAUAGGGGCAAAGUAGUAGCUUUGCUGAAACAGAAGCAUAUGUGUAAAUAAGCUUGGGCUUCCAGUUAUAAAUUUUGUAAUUUUUGUCAUUAUUUAUAUCAUAUAAAAAAGCACACAGAAUAAACAAGUUGUACAGUC